GCACUCUAUAGUGGACUGUAAUCCGUAGUUAUAAUCGUACCAGUUUUGUGAGUCAUGAUUAUGCGUGUUGUCUGGGUGCGUAACUGUUAGUAUCCUUUACUCGCUAUCAUCACUUUUGAUUAAUUUUUUAUUAAAUUUUUUGUUAUCCGUUUAUAAUUCUAGUGAUUAAAAUUUGUUAAUAAUUUGUUGAUCAGAUAUUGAUAAUGUGAUAUAGUUUCAUACCGUCCGUCAUUAUUCAAUAGAGUGAUUACUGAGUGCUGUACGUGUAAAAUAUGUUAAACUCACUUUUUGUACGUGAUGGAUUUUCUUUAUAAAUAAAUGUUAUAAAGAUGUCCCUUGAAUCAAUAAGCUAGUAAAAGAAUAUAAUGGAACGUUUGGCUGUUCACUUGCUGUUGGGAUUGUUUUCAAUCUGGGUUAGAUCUUCGGUUGCAUUUCCACUAGGAGAUCUUGAACAUAAUAAAAAUUCAGCUUGGUCUAGUUCUAAUGUAAUACUAGAAGCAUCAGUAGUAGCUGUCUUAUUUACAAUUUGUAUUAUUGUAUUUCUUGUUGGUUGUUUAGAUUGUUGCCGUAACAAUCGAUUUAGUUUUAAGGGUCAACAAUUAUCUCAGGAAUUUCAGAAUGAGGUAUUAUCUUCCAGAGAUCUUAAUUCUCCUGGAUUGGCAUUUAUCAAUCCGAUAAGUAAUCUCCGUAAUAAUGAACUCUCACGGUCAUGUUCUACUAUUAUUAAUAUUGAACAACUAUCCCCUUCAAUUAAAUAUCAAUCUUUAUUAAAAGAAUGGCUAAAUGAUCCAUUAUCAAAUUUCCCCAGAUCUAGAUUACAAUUUCAUCAUGAAUUGGGUUCUGGGUGGUUUGGAAGGGUGGUUGGUGGUGAAGCAGUGGCUUUAAACAAUGGAGAAAAUACUAAAGUUGUUGUACGUAUCCUCAAAGAUGAUGCUACGGAUACAGAACGUCUCAAAUUUCUUCAAGAAGCCACUCCCCAUAAGUUUAAUGGGAAGAAUGUCAACCACUUGGUUUUAAAUCUAAUUGCAGCUUGUAUAAAAAUGGAUCCAUUACUGUUGAUUUUUGAAUCAAGUCCAUGGGGUGACUUAAAAUCUUGGCUACGAAAACAUGCCGACACUAAUGAAUAUGAAACACAAUUAGAAAGAAAACUUAAAAUGUCUGUUCAAGUAAUAAAUGGUCUAUUGCAAUAUUUAAAAAGUGGUGUUGUACAUACUGAUGUAGCAGCUCGUAAUUUUUUAGUUUUUCCUGAUAAUAUUGUAAAAAUUGGUGAUUAUGGUAUCAGUACUCAAACAUAUAAAGAAGAUUAUUAUGUUACUGAAGAAGGUGUUGCAUUACCCAUUAGAUGGAGUGCUCCAGAAACUUUAAUAGUGUCAGAACCAGUAAUUGAAACAAAAAAAGUAACUGUUGAAGGAAAUGUUUGGAGUGCAGGUGUUGUAAUCUGGGAGAUUAUGGAAAACGGUGCACAGCCAUAUAGCUCACUCAGUGAUUUAGCUGUUCUUUCAGCAGUAUUUAUUGAAUCAACACCAUUAUUACUUCCUCCAAUUUCUAAACAUCAUAAACUUUCCCAACAAAUAUAUCAAAUUAUGCUGCGAUGUUGGAGUUCAGAUGUUACAAAAAGACCAACAUUUCCAGAAAUUAUCUCUUCUUUAGAAGAAACAUAUAGUAUGCUUAAAGCAAAUUUUGACACUAGCCCAGUGAAUUCUAAAGAAUUUUUUAAAAGUGAUAGUGAUUCAGGAAUGAGUUCAGUUAAUAAUUCAAAAUUUCGUGAUAUUCAAUUGUUUACAGAUGAUACAAGUGAUAUUAGCUCUCAACCAUCUGCAUCUAGUGGAAUUGAUGUAUUUAACCCAUCAAAAAAAUCUCCAUCUUUGGAAAUUUUACAUGGAUCAUUAGAAGAUUUAUCUGCCUCGAAUGAUCCAUGGAUAAAAAAUGAUGACAGCAUCAAAUAUAUGGAAGGUAUAAAUAAUGCAAUUCGAGAAUUAGAUGAAGCUUUAGCAGGUGAGCCAAUAUCAUCUGAUGAAUGUACUCCUCCAAUUGUAAAUUUUAAACUUGGCCCUAUAGCCAACAAUAAAAUUGGUAAACCAUUAUUUGGAAAUACAUUUAAUGAUGAUUCAUAUAUUGGAAGGCGUUCAGGACAUGACUCAUCAGGUACUGAUACAGAAGAUGAACAGUGGAGAUUAAGAAUUGAAAGAGGAGAAUUUUCUGAAAAAGUUAAACAAAAAUCCAAAAGUGUUGCUGAUUUAAUGGUUCUAACUCAUAUUGAUGCUAGUGAAAGUAGUGAAAGUGAUACUCCUUUAAACUCAUUUUCCAGACAAAAUAGUUUCAAGUAUCAUCGUUUAGCUGUUCCUCUACAGAAUAGCUUUAUUUAUACAAGUGAUAGUGAUUUGAGAAAUGCUCAAGAUGAUCAUGAGUUUCAAAGUACUUUAAAAAAAUUUCAAACUGCAUUGAAAAACAGGGAUGAUGAUUCACUUUCUUAUUUAUCUCUACAAAUUGAUAGUAGUAUGAAAGUUAAAAAGGAUUUAAAAACCUUCGGUACCAAUCCUUUUUUAGAGAUUGAAGCCUCGGAAAAUAAUAAAAAUAAAAAUCCUUUCAUUUUGCCAAGUACAAACCAUUGUUCAACAAUUUCCUGUAAUUCCUCUGUUCUUUUAGGACCAUGUGAGAAUUUUACAAUAGACUAUUUAAAAGGUGUAACAUCCUCUCUAUCAGAAAAUAGCAAUGAAAAUAAUGAAGAUAGAUCAAUUUUUGAAAAUGUCAGUUUUACAUUUAAUCCAUUUGAAUCAAUAAAAUGGGACUCAAGUAUUUUUGGCUUAAAUAAAUCAUAUCGAGUUGAAUCUUUUGAUAAUGAAAAUAAAUGUCAAUUUAAAGAAAACAAUGUAGAACAUGUUGUAAAAGAACUAAAUUAUAAUACGUUAGAGUUUGAUUCUGGGCAUACAUCUGAUUACACUAAUUGUGAAGAUAUAUCUAGUAAAGAUACUUUAGAUAGUAAAACCUUAAGUAUACAAAAAUUACCACUUGAUUCAAAUGAAUUGUAUAAUUAUUACAAUAAUACAGUAGUUUUAAAAAAUGGUUCAGAUGAUUCAGGUUGUGAAAUUGAACAAAUAACAAGUGAAGAUGGUAGUACAGAAUUUCUUAAUGAUAAAUCUGAAGACGAAGAUGAUAAUGAGAUUACAGUAGUCAAAGCCCAUGAUUUAUAUGAUAUAAGCAAAACACAAAAAAUAGAAAAAAAUGUAGACAUAAAUUACAAAAAUUGUGAAACUAAAGGUCAAUAUGAAAUUGAUGAUAUAAUUGAAGGGUUAUCAGAAUCAUGGUACCUCCAUCCUCAACAAAAAAAUAAUUCAGGUUGGCUACCAGAUAAUUUAAGCCUAGAUGAUUGUAUUGAUGAAGAACAACAUUUAUCAUUAAAUGAAGAAUAUGCUGAAGCAAUUAGACAAGAAUUGCGGGGAAAAGUAAAUCAGAAUGAUAAUGAUUCUAGAAAUUUAAAUAACUCGAUAGAAGAAAAUGAUAAACAGUCUGAUAAUGAAGAUCGAACAAACAUGAUAAUACAUUAUAAUGCUUAUCCUCCACCCUUGUCAACAAUCUUUGAAGAAGAUGAAAAUGAAGGUCAAGAUAUUGUUGAUUGUUUUUCUGAUAAUCCAAGCCCUUCAUUUUUGUUAACAGAAACAUCAACUGAUGGGUUAGUUAUAAGUCGAGAAAAAUUAGUAGACUCUUCAAUCGAAGAUGAAAUUCAUGAUGAUGUUUUAAUAGUGGAUACUGUUACAAAUGAAGCAAUUAUUUUAGAUACUGAUGUAUCAGAAAAACAAGAAGUAAAAGUAUUAAAUGAAACAUAUACAAUUGAAGAGUUGUACUCUGACACUGAUGAUUUUCUAGAAAAUUUAGAAUCUGACACAGUUGCAACUUAUUCUUCUGACUCUUUAUCACCUGGUUCAACUAGUAAAACUAUUCCAGCUAUAUCAUUUUCUUCUUCUGACUCUGCAGAAUUAUCUGAUCAAUUUAUUUCACCUACUUAUAGUGAUAGUGAUUUACCUAAAGACAAACAGAGUAAUGCUUUAAAAAGUAUAAAUGAAUUGCUGCAGUCAUCAACUAAAAUAAUAUCUAAUAAGCUUUUAGAUGAAAAAAAAUAUACAGAAAAUUCAAAUUGGUUAAACAAUUUUUUAAAUUUUGAAAAUAACUUAGCUCACUCUACUUCACUGCCAGAUUCUAUAAACUUAGAUAGAUGUAAUUGGCCUUCAGUUAAUGAAUUAACCUUAACUUAUAUUUCAGAACCUAAUUUAACAACUGUAGAUUUAAUUAAUGAAGCUGAUUCCUGGAAGAGUGUUGAUACAACACCUAUUAUGAAUUUGAAAAAUCAUAGAGAUUUUAAAGUAUCAUUAGUAAAUGAAAAGUGUGAUGAAAAAUUAUUUACAGAGUCUUUGAAUAUUUCGUCACCUGAUGUUGGUAUAUUAAAUAACGUGCAGAGUUUAUUUAAUAAUACAGAAGAUAAGAAUGAACUUUACAAUGAAAAAACUUUGGUUAAGUCUAUUGAAGAUAUAAGUGAUGAAGAUGAUGAAGUAGAAUUUGUUCCAUCUAUCUGGAAUAGCACUGCCACUCCUACUAAAACUUCAUUGCGAAAAUCUAACCAUCAAUCUAAACCUAAAAAAACUGUUUCAUUUAAACAGCAAAACUAUCAUUGUGUUUAUGAAUAUCCUCGCGAUGAAAGUGAAGUUUUUGAUAUAGAAACAGGACCAAUUUGGGAGUGUGCCCCUAAUUAUUUUGAUUUGUCUACAUUUAAUGAUUGGGGAUCUGGUCCAUCUAAAACAGAUGCAACUAGUCCAAUGUUCAUAGAUGAAGAAGAAACUAAUUCAGUACUUCCAUUAAAUUUAGAAAACAGCUUAAAUACAAGUAUAUUUGAUGAUGAUUUUUACAUAAGUAGUUCAAAUCAACCCAUUGAAACAAAUCAGAGCCAAUUUUUCCCUGGUCAAAAUUCAAAUGAUAUUGAAGAUACAUUUGAACCAAAAGCAUCUGAUUUAAAACCUCUAAAACCAAAAUGCAUUUCUUCUAAAUUGUCAGAUGAAGAUGAAAAUGAACCUAUUUCACUUAUGACAGAGGUUACUCUUGAUGAAGAAUUAGCUAAAGCUGAAAUAGAUAACAUGGAUAUUAAAGCACUGAGUAAAAUUUUUUCACUACAAAUGAAUAAUACUACUAACAUAACAGAAUGUAAAAAGGAUAAAGAUGAAUCAAUUUCCCCUUCACUAGGUGAACUUUGUCAUACAAAACAAUGGUUAACAUUAAAUCUCAAUAAUACUAUAUCUGUACUAUCAACAAAUAAUUCAGAAAAAAAUGAUAGAGUUGAUAUUACUGAUUCAUAGUUUAUAAAAAAAAUAAAUUCUAUUUAAAAUAAAAUAAGUUAUAUAUAUUGAAAUAUUUUCAAUAUAAUUAAAUAUUUGGUUCUAUCAAAAGUACCACUGAAAACCUUUUUUUAUGGCAUGUAUGCCAUAAUUACACACGGUCAAAUUAAUUUGUGCAUCACAUAUUAUUUCAGUAUAUAAUUAAUUUUGUGUCAUUAGAAGCAUUAACUUCAAUGAAAAUUACCUAUUAUUUAAAUAUUCUGUUUGACGUUCCUUGAUUUUUAAUUUGUUUGUAUAGGGAAAUAAUUUGUACAUCUUAUCAAUAUGUCAAAUAUUUUAGUUAGUAACAUAUUUAAAAAUAGUUUUUAACUAAAUAAAAAAAUGUAAAUACUGUUUUUAUUAAUAUAAUACAAAAGGGAAGGGUUGGUAUGUUUUAUUCACCGUCCAUGUAUACUGUAAAAUGUAACAAAGUUCCCUUAAUAAUAAUUAAUUUCAAAACAAACGUAAAACGAAAAUAUUAUGAUAGUAAUGUUUAAUGUUUAUGUCAAAUUUAAUAUGUAUAUUAAAAGCUCAGAAAAAGUAUACUUAGAAAAAUAAUUUUUGUAAAAUAAUUUGACAAUGUAAAUAUUAAUUAUUUGUAGUUUUUACUGUUAUUAUCAUUUUGUAUUUUGUAAUGAUUGUUUAUUAUGUUUAUAAUUUUUUUCCUCUACUAGUGAAUCUUAAUGUGCUCCAUUUUGAGAAAUAUUAUAUUUCUCUUGUUUUAUUAAAAUUGUUUUUAAUUGGGCACAUGUUAUAUUUAACGGUGUAUCUCCAUGACGUACACUGAGCGCAAUUAUCAGACUAUCAGUAUUAGAUUUUCUCAUUGUUGUUUCUAUUUUAUAUUAUAUUCUAAUAAAUAAAUAAAUCAUUAAAAUCA